AUGUGGGGGAAGAUCGUGUCCAGCGUCUCGAACGCGCUGGACUUCAAUCAGGCGACGCUUUCGGGGUGCAUUGACAUCAUCUGCGUCCGCUCGACGCAGGACAACAAGCUACGCAGCACGCCGUUCCACGUUCGCUUCGGCAAGGCCAAGCUCCUCAGAUCCCGCGAGAAAACUGUCACAGUGACUGUCAACGGCCAGUUGACCAGCCUCCGCAUGAAGCUCGGCGCAGCCGGCGAGGCCUACUUCGUCCACGAAGACGAGAGUGACGCCGACGACGAAGACGAAGCCGCUAGCCCCAUCGUCUCCCCGCGCUCAAACGCCAGCGGCGACGGCGACAAGUCUGGCGCGCAGAGCGACGCGGCGGGCGCCUCGCCCGCACACGCGAAGCUUGGCGCCUCGACUGACGAGCGAGAUGGGGUCGUCACGAACGAAACGAGCACCGAGAUCUUCUGCCGCGACGCAGCGCCGCCGCAGCCGCUCGGCGCAGGGCCCCCCGGCGGCGCCGCGUCGCCCGCGAGCGGAGAGCCAGAGCCCAAGGCGCCCUCGGGCGACGCGGCGCGUGCUGGGGAAGAGUUCGCGACGGGAGAGUCUCAGCUGCCGGUGCCGCGUUACUCCUCGGGCGACCCUGAGCAGGAUCGCGCGCGACUCUUGCUGGGCGACGGCGUGGGCGGCGUGGGCGCUGGCGCGGGGGUCUCUCCGGAGACGCAGAAGACCCGCGACUUCCCCGAAGACGAGCAGUUCGGCGCAGGCCCCGCAACCAACAGCGCCGCCGCCGCAGACACCGCGGCCGGCGCCGCGUCGGGCGUCAGCUUCUCGCUCUGCGGCCACAUGCUCACGGGACGAAUCACGGAGGAGCAACACGACAACGACGUCUUCAACGCGAACGUGGUUUCGUGGGAGGCGUUUGAUCACAACCCUGCGCUGUGGUAUCACCCUUCGCUAGUUGCGCGUUUCGACGACAAGCCCCCGUACUACCCCGGCAAGGUGGCGCUGCCGUUGCUCGCCUGCUGGCUGGUUUUUAACCGGCCGCUGUCGCUGGAGAGUCUGUCGCAGCUGAUGAACGCAGAGAUCUCCGCGAACUUCCCGCAGUCGAACUUCAGCAGCGCGCUAUCCUCGGCUUCGCGCUGGAUUUUCGGCGGAGGGCGCAGCUCGAGCGCGGCGAAACCCGCGCUGCUGGGCCCCGCUCCCGCGCCCAAGAAGUCCGACGGCGCGCCGGGGGCAGAGGCUGGCAAGCGCGGCGAGGACGUCCCUCUCGGCCGCGGCAAGUCGGUCGUCGUCGGCUCUCGGGACCCCAUCGCGCAGGCCACCGUCGCCGCCGCGACCGCGGUCGCGAUCGCAGAAGAAGAGGCGGGCGUCUCGCCACCUGACGACGAGGGCGACUGGAGGAGAGAAGGCCGCUCGACGCUCGCGAAUAGCGCGAGCUUCCACAGCGAACUCGGCUCAACGGGCCCCAGCCUCGUUUCCUGCGCAGCGUGCACUCCGCGCCGCCUCCGCAGGUCGCUUAGACCCACCCCCGACCAGUUGGACUCGCUCAACUUGAAGCCUGGAGCCAACUCGAUCUGCUUCACAGUCAGCUCCUCGCUGCAGGGAACGAAGAGCGUGAUGGGCACGAUUUAUCUCUGGCCGCAGUACCCGAAAAUCGUCAUCUCCGAUGUCGACGGCACGAUUACGAGGUCUGACGUGCUCGGUCAGCUAAUGCCGAUCGUAGGGCGCGACUGGUCUCACGACGGCGUCGCGGAGCUCUUCACGAAGAUCAAGAAAGCGGGUUAUCUGAUUCUCUACCUCACUGCGCGCGCGAUUGGUCAGGCCGAUGCCACCCGCGACUACCUCUUCGGCCUCACGCAGCAGCAGACCAACAAGCUUCCAGAUGGCCCCCUCAUUUUGUCUCCGGAUCGCCUGUUCCCCUCCUUCAAGCGCGAAGUCAUCGAGAGAAAGCCGUACAUUUUCAAGAUUGCCGCGCUUCGCGACAUUCGAAGCCUCUUCCCGCCGGAGUACAACCCCUUCUACGCGGGUUUCGGCAACCGGGACUCGGAUCACCGCGCGUACGUGCAUGUCGGAGUCGCGGAGGCGAAGGUCUUCAUCAUCGAUCCGUCUGGCGCUAUACACCACAUCAACAACUCGACUUACGCGCGAACGUACGAGACGAUGUCGGAGAUCGCGGACUUCAUGUUCCCGCCGCUGCCACGACCGGACGGGCGGCUGCCGUCUGAGGCGCGCGUCGAGGAAGAGGAGGCUGAAGAGGAACAGGUGCGAGAGAGGAAGCGGCUUGUGUUCACGCUUCACAUUGAUGAUGAGCAAAUUCACCCUGUGGGUCUCUGUAACAUGAUAUGCGCGAAUGCCGCUCGCGCCUUGCCCAUUCUCGACUGA